CAUAAAACGAGGAUGUCAAAUAACGUUCCUGUCGGUCAUUUUUUAGCUUCUGUCUUGUACUAGGGAACGUUUGUGCUUAUUUUGUGGGAGGAUGUAGGUACGUUUUCGUUUAUCUGUGUGUGCAAUCGUGUAUCAAGACUAUACUGUAGAAAUACGCAUGUGUUUUGCGUAAGAUUGGUAUUAUCAUCGAGACGGACCACUUGAACGGCCAGAUAACGUUCCCGCGGGGUCUUCUCGGCGGGACUCUUGAUGACGUCAUAGGCCGGAUGAGCCGAUGGCCGACACCUAUAUGAAGAGACCACAGACGUCUCCUGAGUCAGAACAAGCUCUUCCUCGAGUACAGCUCCUCGGAUUUCUUGCUUACUUUGAGAGCGACGUUUCUGCCGCAGAGAUGAGUCGUCUUGGAAGUCCCACUCGGACCUUGGUCGUCCUCCCACUCCUUGCCGCCUGCGCCUCCUCCUCUAACUCCUCCUCCUGGGCCUUGCUGUCCCUCCCUUCGCCCCUGACGUCCCUCUCGGCCCUCUGGACUCCCUCCGCCCCCCGUCCGCCCCAAGGCUGUCAGCUGCAUCUUCGAGACAACAUCCUUCGUCGAACUCAGCUCCUUCUGUCUCUCCUCGAGGACUACGUCGACUUUUACGCGCAGGAGAAGUUCAGCAACAGCUGGGCUGUGAUGGACGCCAUUUUCAGUCCGGAAGUGGACGCUCAGUUGGUGCUUGUGUGCGACCAAGAGCUCGAGUGCGACCAGGUCCUCCCUCGCCUGCCCUCGCCCCCCUCGACCUCCCCCCAGCCCGAGGAACUCCUCCAGCAACUGCUCACUCUCAGCCGCCGCUACGCCCUCGCCCUCGAGCUGGUGUUCCUGGACCAGUCUCUCCACGAGGACGAGUUGGACCUUCUGGAGAGGACGGACCAGAUCUACAGACACGUCCAGGGCCUGGUGGACGUGAUCGUGGCCCAAGUGGAGCAGUGCCGAGUGGACGCAGACGACGCCGUGGUCGCGAGGCUGGCGGGCAAGCUGUAUAAGGGCGCUUCCUCCGACGGGAGGAACCAGCGCGGCUUCCGCACCUUGAGGCAGUGUCUGUUGGGUCUUCGCUACAUCACGAGCCUCUUGUAGUCGAGCCUCCUCCGUCUUUUCA